CUUCCGGGGUUUAAACUACGAGGUAUCCACGCGCCUCUGCGCCUCUGCUCCUUCCAUCGCCUUUCUAAAUGAAACUUUUUCAUUUUUACCUUUAAACGGAAGAUUAAUAACAAUGUCCGAUAUAGACUCUGACGAGUUUGACGAUGAACGCAAUAAACUCGGGGAAUACGAAGGUGACAGAAAUGAGGCCGGAGAACGACAUGGGAUGGGUAAAGCUGUUCUCCCGAAAGGAGAUGUUUAUCAAGGACACUAUGAAGGUGGUAAAAGGCAUGGCAAGGGCACCUACCGUUUUGUCAACGGAGCGAGAUAUGUUGGAGACUACCAUCAGAACAUGAAACAUGGACAAGGCAUCUUCUAUUACCCGGAUGGAUCCAAAUAUGAAGGCUCAUGGACCGAGGAUUUGAGACAGGGUCAUGGUGUUUACACAUAUUCCAACGGGGACACGUAUGUUGGAGAGUGGCUCAAUCACAUGAGGCACGGCGAGGGUACCUAUCGUUACCAUGACACUGGCUCAGUGUACACUGGGAUGUGGGCCAAUGGCAACAUCGAGUCUGUCGGAGAGUUCAUCCACGCCAACCACAGAUACUGCAGUAACUUUGUCAACAAUAAUCCAUCUGGUCCAGGAAAGUACGUGUUUGACAUCGGCUGUGAGCAGCAUGGUGAAUAUCAUCAAAUGGAGCAGGACAGGGCCGAAGGAGAGUGGGGCGAGCCGGGCUCCACGACUCUUCUCAAGUGGUUCCCAAAAUGCAUCACAGGCCUCACGUUGGAAGAGGCUGACGGCGAGGUCACGGGCGAGGCUGAGGGCGAGGCCAAGGGCGAGGUCGACGCCAAGGCAGAAGCCAAGGUCGAGACCAAAGUCGAGGCCAAGGCUGAGAGCGAGGCUACCCCCGAAGCUCCAUCCGAAGCUCCACCCGAAGCAUAGCCAACAAUCACUUUCCUACACGCUCGAAAUUGAAAGAACAUACCUGAUAUGAACUACAGUACAUUACACACACUCAAAUCCUCCUCGGCCGUGGGGAAACUUCGACCUUGAGCUUUGGAUCAAACAUUUGUACCUAUGUUACAUUUAUAAAAAAAUGUCAAAAUUGUUUUGUGCCAUCAUGCAAUAGAAACUUGUUUACAGGCCUGA